CAGCUGUCCAAUCGAGAGUCUGCCUGCCCUGGUCAAAGGCACGUGGAAUUCUCUAUGGCGACUCCCUCUUGGGAGACCUGCAAGGAUCCGCCUCCAUUGCCUGCCUUCUUGCUUGAGUGUAUUUAUGGUUCUGGUUAAGGCCACACACCUAAGGUUCAUCCUGGGACAUUUUAAAGACAGCAGGGGAAAACGAGCCCCCUUUUUCUUGUCCAGGUUCUGCGGGGAGUGCCUACAGCCAUGCCUCCAAGUCCCGUCUCCUCUCUGCCCGCUCUGCCGCAUGCCCUUUGACCCCAAAAAGGUGGAGAAGGCCUCCAGCGUGGAGAAGCAGCUUUCGUCCUUCAAGGCCCCCUGCCGGGGCUGUAGCAAAAAGGUGACCCUUGCAAAGAUGAGGUCUCAUGUCACCUCUUGCGCUAAGGUUCAGGAACAGAUGGCCAACUGCCCCAAAUUUGUUCCUGUGGUUCCAACUUUCCAGCCUAUCCCCAGCAAUCUCCCCAACCGGUCGACGUUCGUGUGCCCCUAUUGCGGGGCCCGGAACUUGGACCAGCAAGAGCUGGUGAAGCACUGCAUGGAAAACCACCGCAAUGACACCAACAAAGUGGUUUGCCCGGUCUGCUCAGCCAUGCCUUGGGGUGACCCCAGCUACAAGAGCGCCAACUUCCUCCAGCAUCUUCUGCACCGGCACAAAUUCUCCUAUGACACAUUCGUGGACUAUAGCAUCGAUGAAGAGGCCGCGUUACAAGCCGCCCUGGCGCUCUCCCUCUCCGAGAACUGACGGCGUCGGAUCGGAACUGUUCCAGGGCGUUUCCGCAGGCCCCUUUCCCUCCUCUCCGCAAGGGGGCACAAGGCCCCCACUUCCCUUGGCGCCCCUCUGGUGCACGGGCAUCCAUUUCUUGGACCUCGGCCUCGCCUCCUUCUGCCACGGGGGAGCCUUCCCUCUUUUUCCAAGCUUGAAGGAUGCCAACGUGGGCAACCAUCCAGAUGGGGAGCCAUCAAGAGCCAGACCUUUGGGUCCAGACCCACUUUGAACUUCCAGUCAGACAUUCCAUAUGUAACUUAAAUAGGAAGGGGAUAUUUUGUAAGAAGCUUUUAAUACAGUUUUAGCACCCUUUGCCCUCCUCUUUGCAAUUUAUAUAGCAACAAAGCAUUUGGCGGGAAAACAGUAGUUUUGUUUUGUUUUAAAUCUCCUGUGUUUUAGGUUUUGGGGUCCUUUCGUUAAAAACAAGACAAGCAUGGGACGUUCGACGUUUGUAGGGAUAUUUAUUGUAGCCCUUGGGUACGAGUUUGCCUUCUGCUCAGUCAUUUCCACAAAUAACCUUUGGGACAAGCCUGCAUGUGGGAAUGCUCACAGGAGUUUCAAAAGGAUCUGGGAAUCCUCCGUAAGAUGAGGAAGCCAUUUCAAACCUAAAAGCUUUCAGCCAGCUCUGUUUCUCUCUCUCUCCCCCAUUACCCUUUGCUCCCAGCUGACCUUGCUCGUUUUUUACCAGCUUUUGUGAUAACUCUUAGAGAUUCUCUGUGUGUUUUUUUGCUACAUCUCUCAGUGUGACAAUACUCUUUUCACAUUUUAUAUAGAGAAAACAAAGCAGUUAUCUCUUGAUAUUGCAAUAUCUGUGUUUGAUUAGAAACAAUAAUAGUAUUUUUAUGGGACGUUAUUUUUUAAAGUAUAUUUUUUAAAAGAAAAACACAGCACGGAUUUUUUUAAAAGAAAAACUUGGCAAGGAUGGAAGAAUUUUAAGCUGGAAGGGGUGGGUUGGGGGGGAUGCUUUAGCCCUGUAGUGAAGAGACGUCUCUUCCUUCAUCCGUGAUCAAGGGAGCUCUCGUUCUUGGUUUUUUUCCAUGUUGUUUUUUUUGCUGACCUUUCUUCUCUCAUAUAAAGAAAAAGAUCUUUGAUGCACUCUUA